CCCCGGCCGUCUCCAUCGUAGCUUCUCGUGGGCAUAAACGGAAACCGUCAUGAGGUCGAUUGUUUUGUCCGUGAUACUGGUGCUGGUGGCGUCCGCUGCAGCGAAGGAAAGCAAGCUGACCAAGAGGGGAAUCUUCGGAGAGUCUAGCUACAGCUCCCUGGGCCACAGUGGAGGCUACGGGGGUGGCUACGGCGGCAGCUACGGUUACAGCGGUGGCAGCUACAGCGCCGGCUACAGUGCACCUCUGCCCGCCCCCCACGUCGUGUCCGAGCACCACCACACCGAGAUCGUAAGGACGAUCGGCGUGCCCGUGGCCAAGCCGUACACCGUGACCGUGGAGAGGAAGAUCCCCGUGCCGCAGCCCUACGCCGUGCCCUACAAGGUGGACAAGCCCUACCCCGUGGCCGUGCCCCAGCCCUACGCCGUGCGCGUCGACAAGCCCUACCAGGUGGCCGUCGACCGCCCCUACCACGUGCACGUGCCGCAGCCCUACCCCGUGGCCGUGCCCGAGCCCGUGCCUGUGGCCGUGCGCACCCCCGUGCCCGUGCCCGUCGUCAACAAGGUGGCCGUGCCCGUGCCCGUCGCCGCCCCCACCAUCUCCUACUCGGCGCCCGCCAUCUCCUACUCCGCCCCUGCCGUCUCCUACUCUGCCCCUAGCUACUCCAGCUACUCCAGCCUGCCCGCCCUGAGUACCUCGAGCUACAGUGGCUUCGGCGGCGCGUCUCUGGGCAGCAGCAGCUACGGCUUGGGCAGCUACGGAGGCAGCUACGGCUACGCCGCUGGUGGCUGGUAACCCCGCUCACCCAUGCUCAACUAUUUAUUUGCUUUGUAAGCAUGUUCAA